AUGCCAAAUUUGGCAACCUAUGACGGGACGGGAAACCCCCAAGAGCAUAUCUUGAACUAUAAGACAUUUAUGGAGUUACAGACUCAUUCGGACGCCUUGAUGUACAAGGUCUUUCCGAUCACCCUAACAGGACCAGUUCAGGUGUGGUUCAAUAGCCUAGAGUCGAGGAGCAUCAGGAAUUUUAUAGACUUGGCCAACGUAUUUAUUAGCAGAUUCAUUGAUGGGGUUCCUGUGGAGAGAAAGGCGAGCUACUUAGAGACCGUCAGACAAAGAAGGAAUGAAUCCCUGAGAGAAUAUAUUGCUAGAAAGCCACCCACCACCUUAUCAGAGUUAAUGAAAAGAGCUAAAAAGUACAUAAGGCAGUAUGACGCCUUAACAACCAGUAGGUUUGCCCAGGAUGACAGAGACAGAGGAAGGGCAUGGGAUGACAGAAGGCAAGAUAAGCUGGAGAGAAGGCAGGACCGGGGCCCCGAGGCACUGAACAAGCACCGAUGGGAAAGAAAGGAGCAGAGACCUUAUCAGCCCCGAUUCCCUGCCGAAGUCACUCCUCUAAAUGUGUCUAGAGACAAGGUGCUCAUAACAGUCCAGGAUAAAGAUUUCGUGCAAUGGCCUAAGCCCAUGAGAGCGGAGGCAAGCAAAAGGGAUCCGGACAAAUACUGCCAGUACCAUAGAACACAUGACCAUGAAAUGAAUGACUACUAUCAACUAAUAAAUGAGAUAGAGAGGCUGAUUAAGAGAGGCCAUCUCAGAAAUUUUGUGAAGAAUCUUGAAGAGCAAAGACCGCAGCAAGGAACAACUAGGGAAAGGCUUAGGAGGCAGAUUGGAGCACCAAUAAAUGACGGCUCCAAUAGAACAAUUAAUAUGAUUGUAGGAGAGAUUGGAGGCCAUAUGAGCCGAUGGGGGAAGAAGAGAAGAAGAAAUGAAAAUGAAAGCAGCGUAGAGGUGAUGCAAGUUGCUGAGCACACCCCAAUGGCUAUCUCCUUCUCCUCAGAAGAUGCGCAGGGGGUACAAAUGCCCCAUGACGAUGCCCUAGUCAUCGAGGCAGUUAUCCACAACUUCAGGGUUCGCAAGAGACCAAGCCCCAGUCAAAGGGAAAGGAGGCACCCCGAUAGCAGUGGAAGGCAAGGUGAAAGUGGCCCUCACCCUAGGAGAUCCACCCAUGUCACAGACUCACUAUGUAGUGUUCAUGGUGAUGAAGUUACUCUUGAGCUACAAUGCAAUUCUGGGAAGGCCGAUGCUGAUGAUUUUGAAGUCGUGACAAGAAUUCAGUACUUGACCAUGAAGUUCCCAACUGAUGCGGGCGUCGGAGUUGUUCGAGGAAGACAGGAAGAAGUCAAAGUUGCAUACCUGGCUAUAGUAGAGGAACAGUGUGUAUAG